CUCUGCCGCGGAAGAAGCACGCAGAGGGACUCUCCUCUAAGUGAGCUCACCUGCUCCUGUCCUCUCGGUCUCCUGCCCGUUCUCUGUUCGUGCCCUCCCUUGGAAAACCCCCACCAGCAGCCAUGAGUAAGACCUUCCAAACCAGCUACGUGUCAGGCGGCAUGGGCGGCGGUAGCAUCAGAAAGAGCUUCUCUAGCCGCUCGGCCUCCGCCGCGCCCAUGGGAUCGAGGAUCAGCCUCAGCAGUGCACGUCGGUCCGGCUUCGGCAGCGGUGGAGGUGGCGGUGGCGGCUCCUUCAGCUACAGCGUCAGCAGCAUGGGAGGAGGGUACGGUAGCGGAGCAGGCCUGGGCGGAGGUUUGGGCGGAGGUUUCGGCGGAGGCAUGGGUGGAGGUUUCGGCGGAGGCCUGGGCGGAGGUUUCGGCGGAGGUCUCGGCGGAGGUCUCGGCGGAGGUCUCGGCGGAGGUCUCGGUGGAGGUCUCGGCGGAGGUUACGGAGUUGGCAUGGGUGGUGGCAUGGGUGGUGGACCUGUGCCUCUCCCCAUCACUGCUGUCACCAUCAACCAAAGCCUUCUUCAGCCUCUCAACCUAGAGAUCGACCCCAACAUCCAGACUGUCCGCACUCAGGAGAAAGACCAGAUCAAGACCCUUAACAACCGCUUCGCCUCCUUUAUCGAUAAGGUACGUUUUCUGGAGCAACAGAACAAGAUGCUGGAGACCAAGUGGAAUCUCCUUCAAGAUCAGAAGUCCACUUCCACCAACAUUGAUGCCAUGUUUGAGGCCUACAUCGCCAACCUGCGCAGACAGCUGGAUGCCCUUGGAAAUGAGAAGGUCAAGCUAGAGUCUGAGCUGAAGAACAUGCAGGGCCUGGUGGAUGACUUCAAGAACAAAUAUGAGGACGAAAUUAACAAGCGCACAGCCGUAGAGAAUGAAUUUGUUCUACUAAAGAAGGAUGUUGAUGGGGCCUACAUGAACAAGAUUGAGCUUGAAGCUAAGCUUGAUGCUCUUCAGGAUGAGAUCAAUUUCCUCAGGGCCAUCUAUGAGGAGGAACUCCGUGAGCUUCAAGGACAGAUCAAGGACACAUCAGUUAUUGUGGAAAUGAACAACAGCCGCACCUUGGACAUGGACGCCAUCGUGGCUGAGGUCCGUGCUCAGUAUGAAGACAUCGCCAACCGCAGCCGUGCCGAAGCUGAGUCAUGGUACAAACAAAAGUUUGAGGAGAUGCAGACAUCUGCUGGCCAAUUUGGAGAUGACAUUCGCAACACCAAGAGUGAGAUUGCAGAGCUCAACCGUAUGAUCAGCCGACUCCAGAAUGAAAUCGAGGCUGUAAAGGGACAGCGUGCCAACCUGGAGACCCAGAUUGCAGACGCGGAGCAGAGAGGUGAACAGGCAGUAGCAGAUGCCAAACUGCGCAUUAGGGAACUGGAAGAAGCCCUGCAGAAAGCCAAGCAGGACAUGGCCCGGCAAGUACGUGAAUACCAGGAGCUCAUGAACGUCAAACUGGCCCUGGACAUUGAGAUCGCCACCUACAGGAAACUCCUGGAAGGAGAAGAGAGCAGGAUCGCCUCUGGUGGAGGAACUGCAACCAUCCACAUUCAGGAGAGUUCAAGCGGAGGUGGAUUCGGCGGUGGCUUUGGCGGUGGAAUGGGCGGAGGCAUGGGUGGAGGCAUGGGUGGAGGCAUGGGUGGAGGCAUGGGUGGAGGCAUGGGCGGAGGCAUGGGCGGAGGCAUGGGCGGAGGUUUUGGCUACGGACUUGGUGGGGGCUCAGGCCUGGGCGGGGGCACUGGUAUGAGUCUGGGCGGCGGCUUCGGUUCUGGCUCCGGCAUUGGCAUGGGCGGAGUCGGAGUGUCCCGUAGCUCUAUGGUAUCCAGUAGCAUGCGUCGCUUAUAAAUCCACAAUGUUCUCCCAAACGCUCCAUACAAAACCCCAUCGCUGAGUAACUGAUUCAUUUCCAAAUAUUGUCCGGACGAAUUUCUCAAGCGCCCUCGCCUCCACGUUGUUUCCUUUUCAACUUCACCCCAUGCUAUAUGUAUUCAUAGAGUAUCCGCCUACCCUGUAUCAAACAUGUUUACAUGUGUUCGGCAUAUAGCAUAAGACGUGGUGCAACAUGAUAGAUGCUCUGUGGUUAUAGAGUGGGAGUGAUGAGGUCUAGCUCAUAAGCUUUGAUGUUUGCUCUUACCUCCCAGAAAUGCUUUUGCAAUGUAAUCCCUUACUUUGGCAAACAAAAGUAAGAGGCCUGGAAAGGAGUUUUUGCACUACCUGCCUGACUAGUUUCUGCUGCUCAGUAUUAAAAAGAUGAAUAUUUCCUAAAGAAAUUAGGCAAAUUAAACCAGCAGAAAAAUUUGGCAGUACCAACAGUUUUCUAAAUUGUUUUAUAGUGCAACACAGGCUAAUAACAAGUAAUGUUCUUUGCUACAUGGAAGAUGGACUAAGUUGAGAGAAGAAUUGUCACAAUGUCCUGUACUCUGUUUCCCAAUGACCAACUGGCACAAUAUGAUUUAUGUUAUGUGGUCAACCAUACCACUGAAAAACCUAAAUAAAUGUGGAUUCCCUUCAUCUAUU